AUGGCUUCUUGGAAUGACCGUACCGUCACAAAUGAGCACUUGCUGCCCUAUGUAGACUCAAACACGGCUCCGCCCGAAAUCAAGGCUGCGCUCCAUACCAUGCCUUUCGAAAGAAAUGUCUUCAAGCUUCUUGCAAACAGCAACGUGUUCUUCAAGCCUUUCAUGAACAUCCUAUCUUCGGCUUGGAGUGAACAGCGCAAGAUCCGCUCCACCGAUUGGCAACUCAUUGUUCUGCGUACGGCGGCCACUUUGAACGCUCCUUACGAGUGGGAUGUAAACGAGCCCGUUGCUCGUAUCUUCGGCUUUACCGAGCAACAGUUCGCCGCUCUGCGCAAGGCCGAUGAACCUCUACCAGAGGGUCUUUUUUCUGCGCGCCAACGCCUUCUGGGGCGCAUCGUUACGACUCUCGGGCGCGAGAACAAGGUCGACAAGGAUACCAUCGUGGAGGCCAAGAAGACUUUCAGUGAUGAGGAGAUUACGGAGAUCUUCUAUGUGCAGGGAAUCUAUAGUUUCUUGGCCAGGUUCAUGAACAGUGCUCGCAUUGACUUUGACGAGCCGAUCCCUGGGUUGGAGGAUCAGCUGCGCAAGUAUAAUGCCAAGACUAUCGAGAAGGAGAAGCAGUAUGUAGACUGA